AUGAAUCGUCAAGCGCUGCGUGCUCUGCCUCGAGCCUCGGCCAGCACAACGGCCUCCCUCCGAGCUUUUCCCGCUGAGAUUACCCGACUGUACGCCACUCAGGACAACUUGGGCGGCGGGCUCAAGCCCAAGAGAAGGAACGUUACCGUCCUGUCGGACGAUGGACGAUAUACGUGGGGUGAACUGAAUGGGAAAGAGAAGGUCGCGCGGGCGACGCAGCAGUCUUUUAACUUUGUUAUCGUGAUCGCAGGUGUUGUACUCACAGGAGGUGUCUUCACACUUCUAUACCAAGAGGUCUUUUCGCCGAAUAGCGGGACAUGGCAGUUCGAAAAAGCAGUCAAGCGCAUCAAGGAGGAUCCCCGGUGUACAAAGCUUCUCGGUGAUCGGAGGCAGAUCAAGGCAUACGGUGAAAAGACCAACAGCCGAUGGGCCCGAAGCCGACCCAUUGCGACUUCCGUUGAGAAAGAUCGAUUAGGCCGCGAGCACCUUCGGAUGCACUUCCACGUCGAGGGACCUCUUAACUCGGGAGUUGUCCACCUGCAUAUGAUCAAGUCUUUGGAAAAGAACGAAUUGGAGUACCAGCUCCUCGCUCUGGAUGUCAAGGGCCACUCUCGUAUCAUUCUUGAGAAAGCCUCGGAGAAGCCCAGCGUGGCCAGCUCCUUGAAGCUUUUCGGUAUUCAAUGGCGAUGA